AUGGCGGUGCGUGAACGCGCGGCGGCAGCAAUGGCCGCUCUGGAGCGGCGGGUGCCGAGUCUCGAUGACUUCGCGGGACAGAGCUGGAGCUCGUGGGUGGAGCGGGCCGAGUUGCCCGUGGCUGACGGGGCUGAGCUGGAGGAGAGUAACAAAAGCGCAAAGAAGUUGGAUGCCAUGACCCUCAUUAAAGAAGACAUGUCCAUCUUCGGGCACUGCCCUGCCCAUGACGACUUCUAUUUGGUUGUGUGUAACCACUGCAGCCAAGUGGUGAAGCCUCAAGCUUUCCAGAAGCACUGCGAAAGAAGACACGGGCCCCUCAGCAAGCUUUACGCCCGGGCCCCACCCCCACCACCAGCCCCUGCCAGCUCUCAGAAAUGCCAUGUAGUGAACGGGCAGGGCCCAGCCUGUAGGGCCCCAGGUUCCACCAAAACCUCCUCCAGGGAGAAGGGCCAGGGGUCCCGGAGCCGCAGCCACCAGCCCCCCGAGAAGACUCAGAAGGACAACCUUUGCCUUUUCGUGCCUGUGGUGAAUUUGGAGAAGAUGUCCGGUCUCCCGAAGCCUGAUGGACAUGGAAUCAGGGUGGCCCCGCCCUCUGCUUUCCUCAGCCAGCCGGGUGGCCUCAUCAAGGACUCCCCUGCAAAAACCCCUACGGCACCCCCUUCUAAAGAACCUCCCGCCAGAGAAAGCAUCGAGAUAAUCCCCAACGAGGGCCCCAGUCACCGAGUGGAAGGCAGCCCCCCUGAAAAGGAGCCUGGCGGGGCCAGGCUGCCCCCCAAAACCCACCGGAAGAUGGCUCGGAAGGAGUGCGACCUCAACAGGCAGUGUGGGGUCAUAAAUCCAGAGACCAAAAAGAUCUGUACCCGCCUGCUCACCUGCAAGAUCCACUCAGUGCACCAGCGCAGGGAGGUCCAGGGACGGGCCAAGGACUUUGAUGUGCUCGUAGCGGAGCUGAAGGCCAACUCCCGAAAAGGGGAGUCUCCCAAGGAGAAGAGCCCAGGGCGAAAGGAGCCAGCUCCGGAGCGCCCCUCCCAGGAACUUCCUUCCUCAGUCCAGGUUAUGGCAGCGGCAGCUGCUCCCAGCAGCACCUUCUCUGCUCGUGCCAAGCAGACCUACCCAUACUGUGCCCUGCCCAGGUCCCGGGCCUCCUCUGAGAGUGAGUUGGAUGAUGAAGGCCCCUGCGGUGCUGAUGGGGACCCAGGCCUGUUUCCCUUCCCCCUGCCCCGGGGUGGGGCCCAGGCCUCCAGCGAGGAGAGUGAGGAGGAGGGGACGUCUGAGGACCUCCACCUGCCCCCUGACUGCCAUUUUGCCACCCGGCCCCCGCGGCCACAGGCGUUCUGUACCUUUGGGAGCCGGCUGGUGAGUCCAGGAUGCUACGUGUUUAGCCGCCGGCUGGACCGGUUCUGCUCGGCACUGAGCUCUAUGCUGGAGCGGCACCUCAGCUCCCACAUGUGGAAGAAGAUACCACCGGCAGCGGAGCCGCCACCCCACCUCGUCAGCUCCCCCUUGUCUGCUCCCCUGAGCCCAUCUUCCACGGGCAGCUGUCCCCGCCUUCCAGGCCCACCCCCCAGGCCCGCCUGCCCAGCCUCCACACCCCCCACCAAGGACAGCCUUGUCCCCAGCUACCCUGCAGGCUGCCCCAGUGUGGCAGCUGCCUGCAGCCAGGCAGAGUGCACGGGCGGGAACCAGGCCAUCACCUCACCGCUGCCUGCCAACACGCCGUCCCCGUCCUUCAGCAAGCUCCCACCUUCGAAGGCCAGCAAGUCUUCCAGAGGCAAGGACGGGGUUGAGGUGGAGGCCCCUUCUCGAAAGCGGAAGUUAUCCCCUGGCCCCACCACCUUCAAACGGACCUGCCUCCUGGAGCCCACUGGGAAAGGCAAACCCGCUGGCUGCCGGGGCCUCUCAACCAAGACUAAGACAGCCCUGAGCAUGGCGCUUAAUGGGACGGUGGGGCCACGCGUGAAGAGGGCGGGGCCCCUGGACUGUCGGGGCUCCCCUCACCCCCCCCUGCCAGUCAAGGCUUCUCAGCUGGACAACCGGGGGACGGCUGGACACCCAGCCAAGUCCCUGCCGACCAACUGUCUCUCCGAGGAGGAGGUAGCAAAGAAGCGGAAAAACUUGGCCACGUACUGCCGGCCAGUGAAGACCAAGCACUGCCAGGCUGCUGCCCCUGCCGACGCGGCCUACUCCGUGCGCCGCAAGAAGCCAGGCCCGGCCCUGGCCUUUGAGGAGAAGUGCUCUACGCUGAAGGUUUUCAGGUGCCAGGCAAGUUCUCCAGGGUUUCUGGUAAAGCCAGCAGCCAGGUUUAUGUGCCUCUUCUGAUGGGAGCCCUGGAGUAGCAUGCUAUGGGCUAUCCAUAUGAUCUCAGCCAGGAGGUACUUGUUGGAGGUGGGAAGGGGGGAGGCCUUCCUGGUUUAGGCACCAGCCAGAUGCAUACCAACUCCUUUGGCGCCCAUGUGAGAGGAGUGAGUUUGACAGUUGCCCAGGGCCUCAGCGUGUGGGUGUGGGUGUGGGCGGACGGGCGGGUGCGCGUGCACACGUGUGCAUGGUGUUUUCCAGGCUGCCCCUGCUGGGCUGACAUCCAUCGUCCCUCUUGCCCAGCUUUCCUCUCCAGGCCAGGAGGAGGAAACCAAGUGUUAGCGCUAAUGGCCCCCACAGUUCACUGGGUGGGAGGACUGGUAGGCCCUCAGCCUGACCCUGUCUCUCGCUCUUGUCUUCCUGCAGUCAAAAGCCCAUUAACAAGAAAGUGCCUGCCCACUGCGACGGAGCCGCCAGCACCACCUCCCCUCCAGAUCCGGGCCCCAGGCUACUGCCGCUUUUUAUAACUUUAUAUUAUUUUUUUUAA